AUGGGAAACUUUUUCUCUUCAGGUGUCAGCUGUGAAGAUCUCACUCCACUGGAGAAAGAAAAGUUCAGUUUAGAGAGCAGCUCAGUUACUCUGUCCUACAAUUACUCCAGAGCUGCUGCUCUUGAUGAUUAUUUCUUCUGGUAUCGACAAUAUCCAGGAACACCACCACAGUUUCUCAUCUCUCACUCCUCAACAGGAACACUUUUAGCUCCAGUGUCUGGACUGUCUGCUUCCAUGAGUGAGGAUAAAACUCAUAUGAAUCUGAGGAUCUCCUCUGCUGCAGUGACUGACUCUGCUGUGUACUACUGUGCUGUGAAGCCCACAGUGACAGGAAACACCAAAACUCUCGACAAAAACUCAGGCUGA